ACGUUGGGGCAUGGAUCCAUUUUUAUAUGUUUGGUGAUCUCUUCCGUCCGGAUAGACUAAUCAAGGGAACAUACACCCCUAGCACCCGAAGCUAGCUAAAUCGUGAUUAAUCAAGGAAUACAGUUGACUGCGGCUUGGCGUGUUUCUUUGAAUGACAGACACCGAGGCGGAGGCAGCUCGUCGGGACGUCGAAUCUAACGCGCCACUCCAACCACAGUAGAUACUAGUAGUGGCUACCCUGUACCCCAUCGUCAGAGAGAGAGAGAUAGACAUAAAGAAGCUAUGACGAAGACGAGGCUGCGGCUGCUAGUAGCGAAGGAGUCGUCCGAGUCCGAGUCAACCAUCGACGCCCCAGCAACCUCCCCCGCCACCACCAUCCACGCGCCGCAGGACGUCACCGUCGUCCUCACCGUCGCCGUCGACGGCGCCCGCCUCGCCAGGAGCGUCGCCAUCCGAUGGCACCACACCCGCCGCAAGGACAAGAAGAAGACUGGCACGCCGCCGGCGGACGGCGUGACGACGAUCACGUACAGCUUCGCCGCGGACCGGCCGGGCACGUUCACGUACCACGCGCGCUACCGCCGCGACCGCGACCGCGCCGCCGGUCUCGUCGUCUACGAGCGGGGAAGCGAGGCCGGGCCGUCCGCCGGCAGGCGGGCGCGCGCGGACGCGGGACACGGUGUAGUCAACUUGGCACGGAGGGACGACGGAUCGGCCGCCGGCUGCCCAGCGCGCACCGCCACCACUGCCAGAAUGGGUGUAGCCAACGUGCCACGGAGUGACCAGGGCCCGCCGACCGCCGACGGCCGCGCAGGCGGACCGGCGAGCACCGCCGUCCGACGGGCCGACGGGCGCGCGUGGUGGACAAGGGGCAUGGCGAGCGUCGAGGCGCAGCUCAUGGCCGACUGCCCUGUCAUUCACUACGAUGCCGCAGAGUACGACGGCGGUCAGCCGGUCCAGCGGCUGCUCCGGUGGGGCGGCGCCACAUUGGCUGCCGCGGCGUUGUGGGUUUCUGGUAUAUGCGGCGGGCGCGACCCAGAUUGAGUACAUUGCCUCCGAA